GUACGUAAUGUACAUUCUUCUCGGACUCACCAUCAUUACUUGUUACGUGAUAAUAUCAUCCCUGCUUCUGGGAUAUUCCCGUUAUACGUGUACGUUCUGCAUGAUAUAAUCUGGGACAUGCACCAGCAUCUUCUUCAGAAGUACUCAGAGAAUCAAAAACUCUUCUGGGAAUUCGGACUGCGUGCAAUCAUCGUCGUGUUUUGCACUUUGCUGGCGCUGGCGUUUCCGGUGUACGGGAAGGAGAACGGGAUCCCGGUGGCGCUGACGGUGCCGCUGCUGCUGUGGGGCUUCCCGGCGAUCGUGGAGCUCGCCCUGUGUUGGCAAGUGAAGGAUUUCGGGCCCUACAAGUGCGCCCUCUGGAAGGACAUCUCGCUCAUCCUGAUGGCGGUUAUAUGUUUUGCCUUUGCCAUUUGUUACCAGGUCGCUGGCUAACAACUGAGAGAAUUCAUAUGCAAAACCCCUGUUUGGGAAAAAUGAAUUCUUAGAACAUACUUAUUAGUUUCAUUGUGCAGAGAAAAUGUUUAUAUUCUCAAUUCUAUAUUGUUCAUUCAUUUCUUCGUUACGACUUAAAAACCUUUUAUUUUGUAUUUCCUGUUGUAAAAUCAUUAUUGGUUUUAAUUUUGUGUUGAAUCGUUUAUUUAUAUAUUAAAUUAG